AUCCCUGAGCACAGGAUGGGUAUCUAUUUUCUUCUGCUAAUUGCAGAGCUUUGCUGGGGGCAGUACACCCCCAAUACUCUCCCUGGGAGGACAUCUAUUGUACACCUCUUUGAAUGGCGCUGGGCAGAUAUUGCUCUGGAAUGCGAGCACUAUUUAGCUCCUAAUGGAUUUGGAGGAGUUCAGAUUUCACCUCCGAAUGAAAAUAUUAUCAUUACUGACCCCUGGCAGCCAUGGUGGGAAAGAUACCAGCCUGUCAGCUACAAGCUAUGCACUCGAUCUGGAAAUGAAACUGAAUUUAGAGACAUGGUGACCAGGUGCAAUAAUGUUGGAGUACAUAUUUAUGUGGAUGCAGUAAUCAACCAUAUGUGUGGAGCUAAUGCUGGUGCUGGUGACCAUGCUACUUGUGGAAGCUAUUUCAAUGCAAAGGCUGAAGACUUUCCAGCUGUGCCCUAUUCUGGCUGGGACUUUAAUGAUGGUAAAUGUAAAUCUAGAAGUGGAGACAUUGAGAAUUAUCAUGACAUAUCUCAGGUGCGGGACUGCCGUUUGGUUAGCCUGCUGGACCUGGCCCUGGAGAAGGACUACGUGCGCUCCAAGGUCGCCGAGUACAUGAACCACCUCAUUGAUAUUGGCGUGGCUGGCUUCCGGAUUGAUGCUGCCAAGCACAUGUGGCCUGGGGACAUGAGGGCGAUUUUAGACAAGCUGAAAGAUCUAAACACUAAAUGGUUUUCUGCAGGAACAAAACCUUUCAUUUACCAGGAGGUGAUUGACUUGGGUGGAGAGCCCAUCAAAGGCAGUGACUACUUUGGGAAUGGACGGGUGACGGAAUUCAAAUAUGGUGCAAAGCUGGGGACGGUGAUCCGCAAGUGGAAUGGAGAGAAGAUGGCCUACUUAAAGAACUGGGGAGAAGGCUGGGGCUUUGUACCUUCCGACAGAGCCCUGGUCUUUGUGGAUAACCACGACAACCAGCGAGGGCAUGGGGCUGGUGGAGCUUCCAUUCUAACCUUCUGGGAUUCCAGGCUUUACAAGAUGGCAGUUGGUUUCAUGCUUGCCCACCCUUACGGGGUCACACGUGUGAUGUCAAGCUUCCGCUGGCCCAGAUAUUUUGUGGACGGCCGGGAUAUCAAUGACUGGGUUGGGCCCCCAAGCAACGCGGAUGGCUCAAUCAAGCCUGUUACGAUCAAUGCAGACACUACCUGUGGCAACGACUGGGUGUGUGAACACCGCUGGCGGCAAAUCAGGAACAUGGUUAUCUUCCGUAACGUGGUGGAUGGUGAACCUUUCUCCAACUGGUGGGACAAUGGCAGCAAUCAAGUAGCUUUUGGCCGUGGGAAUAAAGGCUUCAUCGUUUUUAAUAAUGAUGACUGGUCUUUGAAUGUAACUCUGCAGACUGGUCUGCCUGCUGGCACUUACUGUGAUGUCAUUUCUGGGCAAAAGGAAGAUGGCUCCUGUACAGCAGCUGAAGUCCGUGUUGCUGCUGAUGGAAUGGCCAGCUUUCUGAUCAGUAACAAGGAUGAGGACUCGUUCAUUGCAAUUCAUGCUGAUGCUAAACUCUAACCAGAGCUGCUGUGCACUUAUGUUUCUCCUGUAUUUUUGCUAAUAGCAUGCAAGGUAAGGUGAUUGUCUUGGCUCUCCAGCACCAAAUGCAUCA